AUGCUUGAAUCAGUCAACUCAUUUGUAUUGUGGCUUUUGGCACUCUACGUUUUCAUUCCAGUGGUGUGCUAUGUGGUGGUGCCGUUUUUGUUCUACGGCGAUCGUACUCUUAAGAAAAGAAUCAUCAUAUGUGUGCUUGGCGACAUAGGCCAUUCGCCGCGCAUGUGCUACCAUGCGCGCAGCUUUAGCGAUCAAGGGUGGCAGGUUGAAUUUUGUGGGUAUCUUGAGGAACAGCCACCUUUGGAUAUCUUGGAAAAUCCAAGAAUCACUAUACACCAAUUACCCGCGUACAGGGCCAGUGGGAAAGCUCGCUCGUUUUUGGUCACCGCGGCUUGCAAAGUUUCGGUUCAGAUUGUUGCGAUUACAAAGCUCUUGUGGAAACUCCGGGGCAGCGAUUACUUUCUCCUGCAGAAUCCACCUAGCAUCCCGAUUUUGCCCAUCGCCGCAGUAUACUGUACUAUUUUCCGUAGCAAGCUUAUCAUAGAUUGGCAUAACUUCGGGUACUCGAUCCUACAGCUCAAAUUGCAUUCCUUCUGGCAUCCUCUGGUGCUCAUAUCGUUCGGUGUAGAGUACCUUUUCGCCAAAUUUGCAACUUACAAUCUCACUGUCACAAAGGCAAUGAAGAGUUAUCUAGUUGACAAGUUCGGUCUCUCAGCACAACGUGUCACAGUCCUUUACGAUAGACCAGCCGCUCAGUUCAGACCUUUUACAGGCGAUCGUCAAGAAGCAUUACGAGACGAUUUUGUUCGGUCGUAUAUACCACAGGGGUUUGAUACCAGUCGAGGUGAUCGUAUUUUGGUGACCUCUACGUCUUUCACACCCGAUGAGGAUCUAUCCAUUUUAAUUGGCGCAUUGAAGAUAUAUGAAAACUCCUAUAGAAAAUUUGACCAGAGCCUACCUAAAAUUCUAUGCUUUAUCACUGGCAAAGGUCCCUUAAAGCAACAUUUUAUCGAGAAGGUCAAAGAAGAAGAGUGGAGCUGUGUUCAUAUUGAGUUUGCCUGGCUCUCCACAGAAGAUUACCCCAGGCUCUUGCAGUUAUGCGAUUUUGGCGUUUCAUUACACACGUCCAGCUCAGGUUUAGAUCUACCCAUGAAAAUCCUAGAUAUGUUUGGAUCUGGUCUACCGGUUGUGGCGUAUAAUUACCCCGUUCUUGAUGAAUUAGUCCAACACAACGUCAAUGGAUUGAAGUUUUUAGACAGGCGAGAAUUGCACGAAGCAUUAAUAUUCUUGAUGAAGGACAAGCAAGUCAAUGAGGUUUUGAAGGCAGGGGCUCUAGCUGAAUCACGAAACAGGUGGCAAGGCUCCUGGGAAAAAUCAAUGGAAGAACUGUCAUUAAUAAGAAGGUAG